AAGGGGUCAGCUACCCGUUUCCAGGCCAAGUCGCUAUUGUGGAUUUCCCAGAUAGGGGUGUUUAUACCCCUUGUUGACAUUCACGUUGCGUCGUAACAUUCCUGGGCCUACCAACUCUUGUUCUUGCUGCUGCUACUGACUCGCAACAUUCCCACAAACUGGUUGACAUUACCAGGUUAUAUUUAACUAGUGAGCAAUAUCGAGCUUUUUUCUUUCUUGCCUUUUUUUCUUGGAAUUGGAAACAACAUGUCGCGUUUCCCUAUCCAACGUAUUCUUUUCGUGCUUUCCAUAGUCACUUCACAAAUACAAAGCUUCGCUCUCGUUUCGCACACUCGCGGCUUUUGUGCGACGUCCCCCCCGACCGAGUACCUGAAGGCAGAGUACAGAAGAUUAAGCGCACUGGAUUCGCAAAGUUGCAAUUCUACUGCUUCCGAAAGUCGGGCGGCGAUUACCCCGAUUGAGAUAGAUACAUGGUUUCAUAUAAUUAGCGAUGAAGCACAUACCGAAUCAGUGUCAGAUGCUAUGAUUAUCUCUCAGCUUUCCUAUUUACAGGACGCAUACUGGAAUGCUACGAUAUCAUAUCGCCUACGGGGCGUGACCCGUUCAAUAAAUAAUACAUGGGCUCGCAAUGAAGACGAAAUGGCAAUGAAAGCUGCCCUCCGCAGAGGGAACUAUCGUACGCUCAACAUUUACUUUCACACCGAUCUGCGAGCGUCCUCGGGUGCGGGUGCAAGGGCUACUGCUAACAUCACCAACCGAGAAGCGGGCGCCUUGGGUCAACCGUCUUCCAGCAUGCUUGGCUUUUGCACAUUGCCUGACCCAAGCAUAAAUGCUAGCAGCUCACCAACUAGUUACAUCAAGGAUGGUUGUAAUGUACUUGCUAAAACCAUGCCGGGUGGUUCUCUCGCACACUACAACAGGGGCGGUACCGCGAUCCAUGAGAUUGGCCACUGGAAUGGUUUGUUACAUACUUUCGAAGGAGAAUCAUGCUCACCCAAUAACGAGGGUGAUUUUAUCGCAGACACACCACAGCAAUCUACGCCCACAGAAGGGUGCCCUGUUCUGAAGGACUCGUGCCCGGACCUCCCGGGGGUUGAUGCAAUUCAUAAUUUUAUGGACUAUUCGUCUGAUGAGUGUUAUGAGUCUUUUACCCCUGGUCAAAUCAAGAGAAUGCGAAGUAUGUGGUUUGCCAUGAGAGAAGGGAAGUAAGGCUUUAAGGAUAUGUUUGACGCAAUGUACGGUGGGUUUUCAACUCGCGCCUUUUUUCUCAUACUGGCCCUAUCUCUGUCACGAAUCGUGCAUUGCCAAUACGUUCAAGAUCUAAUAAGAAUAUAUACAUACAUCAAUACAAUGCGCUAUCUCUAGAAGACGAUUUCGCCCAUGGCAAGCUAGCUA